UCUCAGGGACGAGAAGACGCGAGCGGUGAUUUUUUAUCGCAAAACUAGGCAUCGUGUUGUUUGAUUACUCUAAUUUUGUUAUCCAAGUUUUUCAUCAAAAGUUAUCAUUAAUAAAAUAAUAUUGUGUUUUAUACAAGACAAUUUAAGUUAAUAAUAUAAUUCAAUCGAUUUUCAUGAAAAGUUCCAAUGUGAUUAUGUGUUGUGAAGUGUCCGAUUAAAAUUAAGAAAUGAACAGGAAAUAUAACAGUGAUAUUAUUAGUGAGCUAACUCAAGCAAUUGCAAAAAACAUGAGAAUCUAUAAUAGAUAAACUUCUUCAGUAAACUGCGAUACAAUUAUGGCUGGGUCACAAUAUCCACGCGGUCUGCAAGAACUGGCCCAGCUGCCCACCGUCCUCAUUCACCAGAAGACCAGCGUGCGCAACAAGUACCGGAUCCUGUCGCCAGAUGGCAGGGAAGUGAUGUACGCGAAGGAAGACAGCAGUCUUUUACAUGCCAUGUUUAGUGGAAAGGAUCGCUCUUUCCAUAUAGAUAUAUUCGAUGCCGACAAUGUUGAGAUAAUCAACCUACGGCGGCCCUACACGUUCGGCGCAGACAAAAUGGAGGUGACGGUCGGGAAACAGCUGGCCGGCAUCGUGCGGCAGGAGGUGACCUUCCUGAAGCCCGUCAUUACCGUCAACGACGCCUCUGACAGGCCCGUCAUGAGGGUCAAGGGGCCCGUCGCUAAGACUGGUCCCUGUAAAUAUGACAUCUUUGACCGCGACAAGAGAAAGAUUGGUGAGAUCUGCAAGAAGUGGGGAGGGUUUGCGAGGGAGACGUUCACGGACGCUGACUCCUUCGAGAUCGUGUUCCCGCCCAACGUGGACUUGCGCCUCAAGGCCUCCUUGUUGGGGGCCUGCCUGCUCAUUGACUUUCUGUACUACGAGCGCUGAAAUAUGUGACUGUCAUCAUCAAUAUGAAAUUACUGAAAUGAUUUCUUUAAGUAUUAUUAUGUUUAUAUAUCAGUGUGUACUGUGUAGGUAUGUAAAUAAAUGCUCUUCUCA